AUGGCUGACACUUUGGAUAUCAUCAGCGACUUUGAGACAGUGGCUGCUGCGAUGGAUGCUAUCGCUGGAAUGUACGAGCAAGAACUUCAACAACAAAACCCAAGGCUCGGUCAAAUCCAAUACAGAGCAGAGGAUCUUUUCCAAUUCAUUGAUGCCCACAAGGAAUUCGUUGCAUUGGUGUUUGAGCCAUCCCAAAGAAGCUAUAGUCCACGAAACACAGAAUGGAUCAAGGAACGUUUGAUUGCUCAUUUUAGCCGACAACCUAGCGUGCAGCAGCAACAGCGAGGUGGCGGUGGUAAUGCACCAAGAGGACAAGGCAAUAGACGACCAGGCGGUGGCGGCCCAAAAUAUGGCAAUAGACGAUGGUAG